AUGGAGGGAAGACCGAAGAUCGAGAUCAUCCGUGUGCCUUCGAACGAACGCGGUAACUUCCGGUCUCUGGAUGGUAUUCGCGGAAGCUACAGCCACAUUCGCGUUGGCACGUACUGUCCAGAACCGGAAGUGAAGGUGGUGGUUUGCGAGAGCAAACCGCCGAUCGAACAGUCGCGAAAAUUUAAGAAAAACCUGGGACCAGUUUCGAAGCUGCUCAGACGUCGCCAUCAUGCCACAUACCUUGCCACCAAAUCCUGUGAUAACAUUUAUAGCGUGAAUAGAAGUAGUAGCUCCUUGGACUGGAGGGUUAGUCAGACUGUGAAUGAACAAAGCUUUCAAUCCCGACAAAGUAGCAGCCUAGACUGGCGAGUAGGGAGGUCCAUUAAUAAACUACAUUGGAGGGACACGACCAGAAGCGCCGAACAGCUUUCAAGAAGCGGACCGAUCGGAUCGGAUCAUCUUCAAACUCCCAGCACAAAAUCGAAACUCAUUUCACUGUUGCGACGACUUUCUCCUCGACUUUCACGACCCGGCAGCAAUUCCUUGCAAGCCUCGCCGACGAUCUGUCCAUGGGUGCAGGUCGAGUACUCCUCGGAAUCGAUUAACGAGGAUCUACGCGAAGAUUCUCAGGAGGGCGACGCGAGCUUUCAGAGAGAAUUGCAGCUGAACGAACUGCGGAAACGUAUGGCUGGGAUUCCAACAGCUUCUCAGGUUACCACGAAAGUGAUUAGGGAUGGCAAGGAGGAAGGUUCGUCCCGUCCUAGGGUAGGAGUACAGGAACCGGAAAUCGACUUUAAUAACCCCAUCAAAUCUGUACACGAGGACCGCGGGGAGGAGGAUCGUCGACGCGUCAGCGGGCAAACGCGCGGUGGCGGCGAGGUAGCGGGCUUGGAGGACGUCGCCGACUCCUGCGCCGCGACGCUGACGCCGUCGGUCCCAGGCGCCGGCGGCAUCAGGUCGAAUCGUCGGACGAGGCCGUUAUCGCUCGCGGUGCAACCGCUUAAUUACCGUCGCCUCGAUCCGGACCCAAAGAUCACCGGCGACUUCGUCACCAGCCAUCGCCCUAACAUGACUAGCCAGGAGAGCAUCGGCAGCUGCAGUUUGGACGCCGACCAAUCCGCGUCCGACCGAUCAGAGAACACCGUCGACUCCUUGUCCAAGAAGACUCUACACAGUCUGAACUUGUCCUGCAACGGUAACUCGGUCUCUACGCCCGAUAACCUGGCAAACGGCAGCAGCGAGACGCUGCAGAAGUCCCACCUGACGCCCGAUGAAAAAUUGAACGUCAGCAAUGGUCAUCGAGGCAGUCCCGAGCCAGAACAGCUGACAGUGAAGAAACCGAGCUAUUUGGGCCUGGCCUGCAGCAUCAGCGGUUAUUCAGGGAUCAAUCGGUACGACAGCAAGCUGAGGGAAGGGUUUCGAUCGAGGGACAGCAGUCCUGGGACUAGGCUUAUCACGAGGGACGGCAGUCCGGCGGGUUUCAGAUCAAACGACAAUCUCGACGUGCCAGCGCACCCAUAUCCGCCGAAGAGUCAGUCGAUUUCACCCCUAGCGAUGGAUAGGCAAAACGGUUUCUCGAACGGUCUGAAGGAGGAAUGCAAAGUGGAGGCAUACAGAGACUCCAGAAGCUCCAUCAGCAUAUGCCAGGGUUACUCGGAGGUCGACAAGGGUGUCUUGCAUCCGACAUUCCCAGAUAUUAGCCCGAUUCGGUCCAACAACCCCACGAAACGUAGCCCCGAGGUGCAGCAGAUGAUGUCUUGCGGUCAGCAGAAUAAAUCGUUCUCGUCCCAUUUCUCGGGGUCGUCUCCUAAACAAGCUACCGCGAAUCACUCGAACAGUUCGUUCAGCGACACGAGUAUACUGAACGGAUCCUCGGUGGACAUGGACAGCCAGAUAUUAAAUACGUCCUCGAGCAGCGAGAAAUCUUUCAUUCAGCAACGAGUGGAACGGCUCUACGGCCCCGGAGCCCUCGCCCAGGGCUUUUUCUUCAAACGUAGCGCUAGUAGAUUGAACGCCAGCGACAGCAGUUUCAAUAAGUCGAGCAACAAUAAUGACGUGUCGACCGACAACGCGAACACGGAGGAGUCCUUGAAGAAUCUUCCUGUACUGAGACACUUGAGACCGGAAUUCCGUGCUCAGCUUCCUGUGGUCAGCCCUAGGAGACCUACCGAUGGCUCGGAGCAAAUUUUGAAACCUUUACAAAGGGUAACACCGGUGUCGAGGAAGGCGGAGCAGAAACCAAAAUCGCAGACGCCUUCGAAGUUGGACGGUAGUAUUGUGGAGAACAACACUCCGAAGUUAAAUUCCAGCGUGGCCAGCAUCCCUGACCAGCAGCCGGCUGCACCGAAGGUGGUCCUGCCUGUUCUGGAGCCCAGCGCCAGCUCGACGAACGUGGCGAAACAGGCUCAAGAAGCUGAGAAGGCCGAAGAGAAGGAUGGACAUUAUUUCCUGAAGUUGCUGAAACAAGAGACAAACAGGCUUCUCUUGCUUGCUGCAUCAGCGGAAGCGGAGCUGGCCAGCGGCGAUACUGUUGCACUUCCGGAAGAGGCAGCUGGUAAGCUGCGCUCAGCUGCCGGCAAGGCCAGGCUGCUCGCUUCGCAGAAGAUGCAACAGUUCGAGGGACUCUGCCAGAAGAAUAUUAACCAGGUGCCCGGUGAAGAAUUCCCAACGACGAACGAGGAUCUGGCCGGCUUCUGGGACAUGGUCAUGCUGCAGGUGGUUCAAGUAAAUGAGCUUUUCGAUCAGAUUGAAAAGCUACGAAAUUCCCAGUGGCAAGAGACCGUGCCAGAGAAGAAACCAGCCGGCAUCGCUCCCCAGAACGGCAACGCGACGAAGCGUCGCGUGGCGUCGAUCCAUAAACCAAAAUCCACGGCGAACAGCGAGGCGAACAAGAAAGCAAGAGAGGCGAGAGAACAGGCUCGUAGGCAGUUGAUCGAGGAACGAAGACGGGCGAUGCGCUCGAAUGCGCAGAAUUCCGAGAACACCGUGAAGAUCUUUGUCCCGGACACGUAACGAUAAAAAAGACAGCCGAUGGCCGAUCGGCGGUAGCGUUCCGCCCUCGAGUCGGAUCGAAACGCGCGCGGUAUUUUCUAUGCAUUUUCUCGAAACGCUUGGGAUCCAGAGAGGAGGCUGACGCGUGAUAAUAUCGUGCUUUAUCGAAGCCAUCUUCGUCGUCAUGCCGGCGACGAUGUUGGAGAACCACCAGAGCGAUCGGUGUUAAGGAACAACGCAUUCACUUCAUGGUUCUCGAAGUUUCGUCGUCGCAUGGAAGCUACGAAACUUACGCGUCAGCGUUACAAAUAAUUUACCGGAUAUGCUUCGACUACAAUCAAACGCGCUUCGUAUCGUUAGUGUCGAGCGUUAACUUGCCUACUUACGGGACACACCACAGUGCGGUGUAGUAUAUGAUUGGUAGAAUAGUUUCUCGAGUGGUGUCACAGAUUUUUAGAGUACGACUUCACUGUGUUCGAACAAGUCGACACUUCGAUACAGUUCGUAUUUUUAUUACGUCUCUAUACACAUACACAUCUUCGUUCCCCUCCCCUCGGAUUCUACACGCUGUGAUGUAUCGUGCUAAUCUUGUUACGUUUUAUAUCAGAUUAUUACGCUCUGUCGUUCAGAUUUUGUACGAUAUUUAAUGUUCGGUUCGCGGAACGGCAUGAUGACUCGUCGAAAAGAAAAAUACCUUAUUCUGUGUCAUUUUGUGGUUUCCUUCGCGCGGAAAGCGUUCGCCGUUGAGUUUGCGUAGGAGAAGUUAAGCUAUCGAAGAUCAUGGGUAACGAAACAGCACGUAAACUGCUCUUGUCCGUAGGAAUUUUCAUAAAGGACUAGAAGCGUACGCUGUUCGAAUGUUCGGAUCGCGUAGGAAACUAUCGACGUUCUCUGGUGAACGCCAGGGACGGAGGAGUAGUUCGAUCGUGAAUUUUAGUCUGGAUCGAGGAUCCAAAGACCCCUUGUAGCCUACAUUAAUACGUCAGCGAUAGUGCUCGCCUAACGAUUCCGUUUUGCAACAUGUCGAUCGAGAUCGGAACGGAAUGAUUCCUAUUACUUUAAUCAGCCACGUCGCCUAAUAUUACCCGUUUGAACCUCUUCCUUCUUCCCGGGACCCGAAAAUAGUAACCGUGAAUCGAUUUCGUGGAAUACAAUAAAUUAUCAAUGAGUGUUCGAAGGCUCUUCAGAACUGAGUGUUCAGACGUCAUCCCCUCCACUGGGAGUUUUACUGGUUUCACGGGGGACAUUCCCAGUGGUGGAGAUGACGUCAGAGUACUCAUCGAUGAUUUACUGUAGUAAUAAGAGGCAAAAGCUUUCGUGUGUUCUAAAAUCGUUUUAUUAAGUCGACAUUCCCGUAUAGAGACCGUCUCGAGAAGUAGCCCUAAUAUAGUUUAGUUGUGUCCCUCCCCCAGUUAAGUUUAAAGAAUAGGUGUAGUCGAUGUAUCAGCAGACGUAGGUUAGAGCUCGUCCAACCAAAUAACACGCGCCAGCGAAAUUAGUAGACACGGUGGUUGACAAGCCUCCUGAUGAGACUCUCGUCUGCCGACCAUGUGAGAUUUCGGUUCCGUGCGCGCGCGUUACAGAGAGCUCUCUCGAAAGGCGUCGCGUCGUAUUCCGGCGGGCCGCGUUAUUUAUUGACUGUUGAUUCCCUCGGUGCCUUGAUUAAUUUAUACGCGUGUACAUAAAUCGACUGACGACGGCCGACGCGAUCCGAUGCGCCGUCUUCGAUCGAAAACGAGAUUCAACGUCGAUAAAUGAGAACGAAAGCUUCAUGGGCGUUCCCUCCACGGCCUGGUUGAUUAGUUUGAGAGCAAGGAAUACUCUGUUUUCUUCUCGUUUAUCCGUUCCGCCUAAAUAUUCGAUGGCGAUUAAGCGUACAGUGCUCUCUCAUCGCGCCGCGUUGCCUCCAUCUGCGAGCAACUUGUGAUCAGAGAUGGGUACAAUUUUUAUACAAUUAUUUAUUCACACUAAGCGAAGUAUCUUAUUGUUAUAAGUUUUAUCCGAGGAAUUAACGAUCGGAAUGUGAGUGUUUUUUCUUUUACUUGAAUUUUGACUGUCUCAAUGAACGUAUCCGCUCGUCUCUGAUUACGACGAAAGAAUGCUGUGAAAGACUUGUUCGCGCUCGGUCGACAGUUUCUGUAAUAUUCUUGAGCGGACCAGCGAUUGUUUGCUUCUGUUUCUGUGACGCAUCGAAACGCGUGCCGCGAGCGACUGUACAUACAUGUAAGCGUGAGAGAAUAAUGAGCGGCUGGAGAAGCGAGCGACUGCAGGCAAGCGAUCUGUGUAAUUUACAGAAAUCGAUACGUUAUUUGUACAUUGGCCACCAGCCACGGCUCCAUGUCCCCACGAUUCGGUAUUACUUGUUUCGUUCCCUCUUCGCACUCUGUUUCGCCUGAGUGUAUUUCACUUGUAUAUUUCGUAUCCAGGGCCUCGCCUCGAUCCACGUAGUAAUUUAUAUUCAGAUCAGUUCCCCGCCGCUUUUCUUUCGUAGUGCCCAGGCGCGCCGACGAA